GGAGAAGCAGUGCGGCGCAGAUGCGCGUAUACUAUCGAACGUGUAACGUGUCAGACCUUUUGCUGUCUUCUGCAACUCCGUACCAUUAGAGGGAUACGUACAGCGAUCAGUAUUUCGUAGCACUCGAUCGGUAUUUCCCUUUUAGGUGGGAUACAUCGAGAAUUCGUCGAUUUGGAUAUCGGUCAAUUCAGAAACUGGAAAGUGACCUUUUUCAAUCGAAGACAUUACUAUCGAACUUACGGUUACACCUGCAAUUUUCACAAUGCCAUUCACGGCGGAUGCUGCAGCGAGUCAGAUCCAGGAGCGGUUGAAGAGCAUUUUCACCCUCGUCCACGACAUGGAUACUCAACGGAUUCGCUCGGAUCACAACCUGAACAACAUCAUGAAGACUCACGAGAAGGUCACGCCCGACGACAAGGUCACCCCUUACUACCAACAGAAGCUGAAGAACCUGUACAACGCCGCGAUCAGCGACGCUCAGCAGGAAGAGGAGAUCUUACGGAAGGCCCUCAACAAGAUCAACGAGAUACGCACCAUACGAAAUGAACGACGCAUACAGGCGCGAAACGCCGGCAACAAAGAGACCGUCAGACGCGGAGCGUUGCUGAAGAUGUUUCUGAGCACCGCGCAGACUCUGCCUCUCUACGUCGGGAAGACACCGGGUGCCAAGCCGCCACCUUUGUGCGGCGCGAUACCAGCCGAGCCGACGUACAUUGCGAAGGUCGGCGACAUGGUAGCCACUUUGACUCGGGUGAAGGGUAACGAGGGUGAGAACUGGAUCCUAGCCGAAGUCGUGCAGUUUAAUCCGGCGACGAAGAUGUACGAGGUCGACGAUGUCGACGACGAGCAGAAGGACCGUCAUACAGUUCCGCGGAAACGAGUCGUACCGUUGCCCUUGAUGAGAGCGAACCCCGAAACCGAUCCUCACGCUCUGUUCCCGAAAGGCUCCACGGUGAUGGCCCUGUAUCCGCAGUGCACCUGCUUUUACAAAGCCAUCGUGAAGCACCUACCGACCACCGCCAUGGAAGACUACGAACUUCUCUUCGAGGACGCCGCUUACGACACCGGCUACGCGCCUCCGAUGAACGUGCCGCAGCGUUACGUCAUUUCUAUCAAAGAGAGCAAGAAAAAUAAGAGCCAGUUUUAAUAAAUACGGUAUUGCUUUCUUCUUUUUCCAUCUUUUCGUUAACUAAUUUUUUUUUAAUAAGAACAAAAAAUACAAACAUAAAAACACAAUGUUGUAUAAAGAUCAUAAAUCUCCUUUCGCAAUUUAUAUCUAUGUACAUGUGUUGGUAUUGUGUAUGUUUAAUAUAGCACUAGUUAUAAAUCUUUAUUAUAGAUAUUCUCUAGGAUUUUAAGAAAAGAAAUGAAUCCUAUCUAUGCAUGUUGAUUUAUGAAA